AACUUCCUGCGGGAGGAAAACUGUGCCAAGCUCUACUUCUGGAAGUGGAGGCGCAGUCUCGGGACUUCGGGAGGACAAACAAACCCCAGAAAAACGCACGGAUAUAACGGUGUAACCACGGAUUAGAAGGUGGAGAGCGCGUUUUCUCCUCGACCUUCUCAUUUCUUUAAAAAAGAAAUGGAAGAGAGUUCAAGCUCUCCCGUCUCCCCAGUGGACAGCCUGGUGACCAGCGAGGAGGAGUUGGACAGACAGCAGAAAAAGUUCGGGAGGAAGAGGAGACAAAGUAAAAAGUCGAGCGAGGACGGCAGCAGCCCGAGCUCCGUGAAUAAACGGAGCAAAAAGCCGAGCCCGAGCAGCACUCAGUCGUUCGAGGAGCUGCAGAACCAGCGCGUGCUGGCGAACGUCAGGGAGAGGCAACGGACUCAGUCGCUGAACGAUGCCUUCGCGUCUUUGCGCAAAAUCAUCCCCACGCUCCCCUCGGAUAAACUCAGCAAGAUACAGACGCUCAAGCUCGCCUCCAGGUACAUUGAUUUCCUCUGUCAGGUGCUGCAGAGCGACGAGAUGGACAGCAAGAUGUCGAGCUGCAGCUACGUCGCGCACGAGAGACUCAGUUACGCCUUCUCGGUGUGGAGGAUGGAGGGCGCGUGGUCGAUGUCUGCGUCCCACUAGCGGAGACACUCGUCUGUACAAUGCCGAAAGGACUGUUUACUUCCACUAAUUUUGAAGACACCAAAGGAUUUAUCGAUGAACCUCUAAACCUCAAUGACGUGGCCAAAGGACAUUCAGUAGACACACCUACGGACUUGAGCAUCCUCACGAAGGACACAGCGAAAGGAGCUUUUUAUAUACUUAGAGGAAACGUAGAUGACGUCUCCUGUGUCGUCAAAUACAUUUAAUCUUUUUCACAAGUUAUUCUUUAAUGUCGUCAUGGUGAUAGUACAGGAAGGCCAUCUGUUAUCUGUAUGGAAACUAUAUUGCGUGUUUGUCUCUAAACAGAAGAGUUUAUAUAUAUAUAUAUAUGAACAAAAAAGUAUUGUACAUAGGCUACCUGUGUGAGUAUUGUCAGCUUUUUUAAGGGACCAAUGCAAUUUAGAGCAAUACUUUCUUGAAGUACGCUGCAUGGAUGAAUGCAUACAUUUGAUUUUUCCUAUGCAACAUUUUUUCGAUUUCCGUCCACUGUACAUUUUGCUUAUUUAUUAAAACAUAUUUUUGAACACGUAGGCUGAACACUUUGAUUUGUCCACAUCAUCACCCGUGAUAUGCCAGUUUUCACUACAGUAAAGAACAUUCAGAUUUUCCCCUUAUUUUGCUACAAAAAGAAACUGUUAUAAAACAGUGCAGGUUCAUUAGCCGAAGAGAAAGUCCAGCCAGUUUUACCCCUAAGCUUAUAAAAAAAAGCUUGUCCGCUUUAAUAAGAAGAAAUCACUGAAUCCAGACGGCUGGAGGCAAAUGCUUUAACAACCGCAGAUAACCACCGCAUUUAAAUACUGGACCCCUAGCAGACCUUUUCAUUUCUCCUUUAAAUCUACACCAAUGCUCGCAAAGCAUUUAAUUGUUUACAUCUCAUUUUCCCAGGCUUAGCUUGAUAGAAAUCUAAAAGAAACGACUCCACUGUUGAGGCAUUCAUGUUUGAUGAAAGCUCUGUUGUUCUGUGGGCCUGUUCAAGAAUAAUUUAACUGCUUUUUGAAACAUCUGAUGGUGUUAAAUCACAACAUACAGAAAACUUUUAUUUCCA